GAGAGGAGAGCAGAGAGGCAGGCUUUGCCUUUUCUGGUAGUUAAAGUCGCUGAAAGAACAAACAGGAAUUCUUUGUGCUGCAGAAGGGUUGAGAUAUAAACCAGACUGUAGAGGUUGAUAUACGAAGAGAGGGGAGACACCGCUGUCCAUGGACUAAAGUUGAGCUACUGCUAAGUGAGAAAGUGAGGAAAAUCUUUUGGGCAUCAUGGACGAUGACUUUGACCGCCGCAUGGAGCUGAGGAGGCAGAGGAGAGAGCAGAUGCGCCUCGACGCUGACAAGAUGGGUUACACCAACGAUGAUGAGGAUGAGGAAGCUCGGGAGCAGAGGAGACGAGCGAGGGAGGAGAGGAAGAAGAUGAAGGACUCAGACGAGUCUGGAACCACUGAUGUGAUCGACACUAACAGUGGGACGGAGUCCUCCACCACGACCGGUGCUGAAGGUGCAGAUGACGACCAGGCUCUGCUGGAGCGCCUGGCUAAGAGGGAGGAGCGCCGGCAGAGGAGAAUGAUGGAAGCAAUGGAGAGACAGAAGGAGUUUGACCCCACCGUUAGCAUAACCAACGGCACAGACAGCACACUGGAAGAGCAGUCAUCCAACAGCAGCGGCAGACAGCGACAUACAGAGGAAGAGGAGGAGAAACCAGCUGAAGAGGAGGUGGCGGACAAUGGUACCAACUCCUGGAGAAAAGAGGAAGAGGACAAGGAAUCUGUUGAGGGAUCAAGAACCUCGAGCACAAGAAAUGAGGAGGAGACUGAGGAGAAGGCUGCAGCUAAAGGUGAAGAGGUUGAGCAGUCCAAUUUAGAAAAGAAAGAUGCUGAAGAGGAAGCUGUUCCUGAUGCUGACAAGGAGGAAGAAGAAAAGAAAAGGAAAGAGGAAGAGGAACAGGCAAGGCAGCAGAAAGAAAUGGAAAGGAAGCUGAGGAUAGAAGAGGAAGAAAGGCAAAAAAGGGAAAUGGAGGAAAAGCUCAAGAAAGAGGAAGAAGAAAGGCAGCUAAAAGAGAGAGAGAUGGAAGAGAAGAAGAAAAAAGAGGAGGAGGAGAAGCCAAAGAGAUUUGGCUUUAAGGAAAAGAAUGAACCAGCCAAACAGAACGUAGGGCUCUUUGAGAAUAAACUCAAGAAAACAGAGAAGACAUCAAGGGACAAUGUUUCCUCCCCCAAGGCAGACGACGUGGAGCGAAAGGAGGCCGAGCGUAAGCUGCAGGAGCUGAAGCGUCGGCGGAACGAUGCAGAAAGCGAGGAUUUUGAGAAGUUGAAGCAGAAGCAGCAGGACGCAGAGGCCGAGCUGGAGGAGCUGAAGAGGAAGAGAGAGGAGAGGAGGAAGGUCAUGGAGGAGGAGGAGAAGCAGAAGAAACAGGAGCUGGAGGACAAGAAAGCCAAAGAGCAGGAGGAAAGGAAGAGGAUGAAGGAGGAGAUAGAGAAGAGGAGGGCUGAGGCUGCAGAGAAGAAGAAACAGAAGGAGGAAGAGUCUCCAAAGCCUGUCUUUGCUAUCAGUCCCAAAGGCUCCUCAAAGAUCGGGGCGAAGGCAGAAUUCUUGAGCAAAUCAGCCCAGAAAAGCACCGCAGCCAGAGUGUCUCACACUCCAAUUGUCUCCAAGAUAGGCAACAGAAUGGAGCAGUACACCUCUGCCAUCCAGGGAAACAAAGACGUUAAAUCCCCAAAGUCUCCGAUGGCAGAUAUUCCUACAGGAGGCGCACGCAACAUCAAGAGCAUGUGGGAGAAAGGAAACGUCGGCAGCUCCUCUGAAAGUCCAGCUCCUGCCAACAAGGAGUUGGCUGGUAUCAAAGGAGGUAUAGCCGGACGUGUCAACAGUUGGAUGGCAAAGCCUCCAGAGGCGGAGAAGACAGCAGCCCCUGCAGCAGCCCCUGCAGCAGCCCCUGCAGCAGCCCCUGCAGCAGCCCCUGCAGCAGCAGCAGCAGCAAAGCCAGCAGAUGUGAAACCAGGCGAUAUCGGUAACAAGCGUGGCAUGUGGGAAACCAAGAAGAGCACUGCACCUGGCAAGGUGGCUGUUGGAGUCAAGAGCAAGUUUGUCACUAAUGCAGGUGUGAGACCCUAACCAUUGGCAUCCCCAUUUAAAUCCAGUCUCACCUGACCAAACACAAGGCUCUGCUACUGUAUGUGCAUCCAUUUCCCUUCAACGUACCUGUAUUUCGCAUUAAGUUCAAACCGGAGUGAGGAAAAACGAGGGACCAGGAUGAGUGACUCCAGCAUCAAAGUCUCCAGAGAUCUUUCCACAGUUUUGUCCUCAAUAGUUUAAAAAGUAUUGAUGUAAGGGUUUUCAGGACAAAGUACCAAAUGUUUAGGUAUAAUGGAUUGUAUCCAUCUUUUUAAUCAGAUAACAAAGUAACACAUUUCUGAUGGCUGUCAGGGUGCGUAAAUGUUAUAUUGCUUUCAAGCCACAAUGACAUGUCUUCUUUUCUUGUCAUGUAUUGUCUAAUAGCUUAAACCCAAUACUAAGCAUUUGUGUUGUUAUUGUCAUACAUUAUCACUGCUUUUUGGGAUGAUAGUCACUAUUUUGACUCCAUGCGAUAACCAAGGCUCUUUUAAUGUUCAUUUACAUAAUUGAGUCAUUUAAUAAGUCUUUCUAAUAAGGCAUUUUAUAAAGGUUUAUAAAUAGUAACAAAUGACUUCAUUAAUGGUAAUAAGUCAUUAAUGAGUUUUUGGGGGGCCAGGCUGUGAAAAAUCCCAUUGUAAAGUUAUAACAACUGCAACACUAACGUUGUGGCUCUAGGGAUGGAAAUGACGGUCAGUCUGUUGGUCCACCUCUUUGGACAACUACUGAAAGCAUUGCCAUGAAGUUUGGUACUGACAUUCAUGGUGCCCAGAGGAUGAAGCCUAAUGACUUCAGUCAUCCUCUGACUUUUCAUCUAGCGUAAUCAGCACGUCAAACUUUACACUUAUCCAGUGAAAUAUCUCAAAAUCUACUGCAUGGAUUGGCACAAAACUUUAGUGAUCCUGUGACUUCUCAUCUAGCGUUCAUCUGGUUUUGAGUGAAAAGCCUCGACAGCUAUUGAAGUGAUUGCUAUGAAAUUUGGUACACACAUUAAUGUUUUCCUCAGGGUGAAUUAUCACGUCUUUGGUGAUUCCCCAACCUUUCAUUUAGCGCCACCAUUAGCUCAAUGUUUUCACAAAAAACAUCCCCAUCAGCCUCAGCUGUACUGAACUACUGUUUAGUGCUAAUUAGCAAUAGCUUGAGCAGCUAGCAUGGCUGUAGACUGUUAGUCCUGUUUGCUCUUUAACAAACCAGAAAGACUGCUUGACUACUGACCUCAUGGAAAACUUUACAGGUCAUCUGGACCAAAGUUCAAUCAUCGACAACUGUUUUGAAUUAACAUUCACACGCUUUGGAUGGAUUAUUGUAAAAAGAAGCAACUUUUUAUUAAUUAUUGGCAUUUAUUAAUGCAGACUUGAUGGCGUACUA